AUGCCGCCGGGAGAAGACGCGUCCGUGGAAAAGAGGCCGACUGAAGGCAAGUGCCGGUGGUCUAACCUGACGCGAGUGAAAACGGGCCGUGUGAUCUGUGGGUUUCAUAGGUGCAGAAACGUGCUGGUUCUGAAGGACGACCGCCUUUCAGUGGCAGACAUGUUGACCCAAUACUUUCACUUUCACAAAGUGUCUUUAGUAUCACAGAAGAAGAAGUAUGGUCUUCUUCAAGACAAGCUAAUAAAAGAAGAGUGUGUCAGUCUCCUCUUGUUGCCACAUGACCCAUGUCUGUCUGUCUGUCUGUCUGUCUGUCUGUGUGGCUCAGCCCAGCCUCUGCCGGCUCCAGCCCGCCUGACGGAGGCCUCAGGGGCCCGCUGCGUGUCGGAGACGCCUCGCCGUCACCUUCAGAGGCCGACGUGUCCCCGAUGCGGCCUCCCCGUCCCGCAGAGCAGAGCCGAAGCUGCCUCGCAAACCCAGAGCCGGCCGCAGGGCUCGGCGACGUCAGUACGCGGCAACAGGAGCAGGAGCAAGAGAAGUGGACCCGGACCCGACCCACCGGCUCCUGGAUCUGCAGACUCGUGCUUUGGGCUGCUGCUGGCGUGCCUGUGGUGCCAGUUCUCGGUGGUGCUGCUGGGCCUGGUGGAGGCCUGCUCCUCCUGCUGCCUCUGCGCCUCCUGCUGCCUCUGCGCCCGCUGCUGCCAGGCAGCCCGUGACGCGCCCGGCGAAGAGCUGGGAUGCCCCGCCCACUGCCACUCGGUGCUGUUCGAGUCCUGCUGUGAGCCCGUCGAGUUCCUGGAGUUCUGCUUGGACUGCUGCGAGAUCUGCCACCGCAGCUGAGCCCCCGGGCGGGACGGCAGACAUGUCUGAACUGACCCGCUGACCGGUGGAAAGUCUUUUUGUCUGAUCCAGAACCGAAAGUGGAAGGAAUUACUGGAGCUGAGAGAUUAAUCGUGAUUAAUCGUUUGCUGAAAUAAUCAUGAGUUAAUCUAACUGUUGAUUAAUUGCUAAUUCGACUAAUCAAACUAAAAAAAUGUUCAUUUGCAAAAAAAAAAAAAAAAAAAAAUAACAUUUGGGAGCAACUGGGUAAAAUUGUACAAACAAAAAACAGCUUCCAUUCUACUCAGAAUGACUUAAGUGGCAACAUUUUAGCGUCACUCGGAUCAAAUUCUCUACAGCAAAGCAAAAUAUGUCUUAUUAAGCACUUUUAGCUUUUCAAUUAUUGACCCAUUGAUCCAAAAGCCAUAGCCAAUAAAUGAGUACUGCGCCAUGUUGAUGUUGAGCAGAGAGGGAUGAGCUUUUAACGUCAUUAGCAGUUUUAUUUCUUGGCUUCGCUCCAUGCUCUUGUCGCAUUUUAAGCAGUGAAGAGUUUUAUUGUUUGUUUUUUUUAAAGCAAUCAAAUUACUUUUAUUUGUUCUAUGUUUUAAUGUAUUUCAAAUAUUGUACAAAUAAAAAGGCUCAAGUGGUUAAUAGCGCA